UCGGCCCUUGUGAGGCGUUGUCAAAGUCAAUUACGAGAAGCCCGUUGAGCAGUCAACUGGCAGGAAAUAUAUUCGUUCGUUAACAAUUUCGGAAACUCGACUCGAUUUCAAUGUACUCCAAGAAUAAAUCGAAACUGCUGCAGACGCUGGAGGAGUGUGUGCCGCCACUCAGCCACGAAGAUGCCAUCGGAAUGAUUGCCCAGAUGGUGCGUCAGCCGAUUAGCAAUCCCAUCGAGGCCGGCCUGCGCCUGGGCAGGAUCGAGAAGGAGCACAACAUCAUGCACGCGGAGAGCCAACUGAAACUACACGCGGCCAUGGAGAGCUUCGAUGGCGCGGCCCUUGACAGCGCCCUGCCAGUCAGUGACAAGGAGCUGACUGAAUUGGCCGAGGUGGCGGCGGAACUGGACGACGAUGACGACGAUGGCGCUGAUGAGGACGACGAGGAUGAUGACGAUGAUGACAUGGACGAUGAGCUCGAGGAUGAUGAUGAUGCCGACGAUGGCGACAACGCCGCUGCCCUUAAAAAUGAGCGCCCCGCCGAUCCCAUGACGUUGUACAACCUACAAGAACGCAUCCAAUGAGCUGUGCAGUCGUGGAGUUUAUGUUGGACAGUGUAGAGAAUUUCAAAAUUAUUAUUUAAAUUAAAUUGCGUUUGCCCAUUGCGAGAUAUAAAUAUUUGACAUUAA